ACAUUUCUUGGAGAAGAAGAGAGAAUGCCCCACUUGCACAUUGCCCUGUAGGUGUGCAGACAUGUCAGUCAGCAGGCUGAUGAGGGCCAUCAGAGUGAGUGAGUUUGGCGCUCCGUCUGUCCUCAGGCUGUGCCCGGACGUCCCUGUCCCUCAGCCGGGACCCAGACAGGUGCUGAUCCGUGUCCGUGCCUGUGGAGUGAACCCGGUGGAAACAUACAUCCGCUCAGGAUCCUAUGCCCGGAAGCCCAGUCUGCCGUACACGCCCGGCUCUGAUGUAGCCGGAGUGGUGGAUGCCGUCGGAGAGGGAGUGACUGCAGUAAAGGCAGGGGAUCGUGUCUUCACCACGGCCACAGAGUCCGGAGGUUAUGCAGAGUACGCCGUAGCAGCUGACGACUGCGUUCACAAGCUGCCUGAUGCUUUAGACUUCACACAGGGGGCGGCCAUAGGCGUUCCUUACUUCACCGCCUACAGAGCCCUGGUUCACAAAGCUCAUGCCAAAGCUGGAGAGACGGUCCUCAUCCAUGGAGCCAGUGGAGGGGUGGGCGUGGCAGCAUGCCAGCUGUCCCGGGCUCUGGGCCUCAGGGUGCUGGGGACCGCGGGGACCCCAGAGGGGAUGAAGCUGGCCCUCAGCAAUGGAGCUCACUUGGCUUUUAACCAUAGAGAGGAGGGAUACGCGGACAAAAUCACGGAGGCCACAGGAGGUCGGGGCGUGGAUGUGAUAGUGGAGAUGCUGUCCAACGUCAACCUCAGCAAGGACCUCCAGCUGCUGGCGUACGGAGGACGAGUUACGGUUAUUGGCUCCAGAGGAUCUAUAGAGAUCAACCCCAGAGACACCAUGGCCAAAGAGAGCAGCAUCAUGGGAGUGGCCCUUUUCUUCUCCACGCCGGAGGAGAAGAAGGAGUGCGCGGCGCUGCUCUUCGCAGGAAUGGAGGCCGGGUGGCUGCGCCCAGCUGUCGGCCCCCAGUACCCGCUGGAGAAGGCUGCCCAGGCUCACCAUGACAUCAUCCAGAGCCCCGGGGCAGCUGGGAAAAUCGUCCUGACUAUGUAAAACGGCAACCUCCAAGAGUAAAGGGGUGUGUAGUAAGAUUCAGGGGGAGGCAAAUAGAGUCAUGUCAAUAAAGAAGAACAUUAUUGAGAAGUUUAUGUAUUUAAAGCGAAAUUUCACUAUUUUAGAUAGAAAGGACUAAAAAAUGGUAAUUUGAAGAACUAAAGGUUUCUUUUUAGAUGGAGCAUGGUGGUGGUAGAAAGAGGCGGGGCUUGUCCCACAUCUUGUUUUGGUCUGCAGACAGUGCUCAGCAGCCCACCUGGUGCUGAAAUAUCUCUAAUUACUCCUUUAAGUGAAACGCAUAAUUUAGGUCACCUUCACACAGACAGAUGUUUUCAAUCCUUUAUUAUUUUUUUUAUUAUGAAUGGUAUCAAAUGAAGACACAACACUGAAGAUCAGAACAUUGCACCAGACCUAAAAUAUAAUCAUUUAGUACAGAAAUGUGGCCAUAAUAAAAAGAAUGUUUAAUGUCUGCUUAAA